GCAACCUAAGUGCCCAUCAACAGGUGAAUGGAUAAAGAAGAUGUGGUAUGUGUGUGUGUAUAUGUAUGUACACACAAUGGAAUAUUACACAGCUAUAAAAAAGAAUAAAAUUGGGGAGGGGCGCAGCGCGGUGACCCCGGAAGCAGCGGUGAUGGGGCGGGCCUAUGCACAGGAGUCCAUGUGGGCGCUGGCGCGGCAAGUUAACAGAGUAGGGUCGCCAUGGCAGAGCUGCAGCAGCUCCGGGUGUGAGAGGCGGUGGAUUCCAUGGUGAAGAAUCUGGAGAGGGAGAACAUCCGGAAGAUCCAGGGCCUCAUGUUCCGGUGCAGCGCCGGCUGUCGUGAGGACAGCCAUGCGUCCAUGCAGCAAGUGCAUCACUGCAUUGAGCGCUGCCAUAUGCCUCUGGCUCAAGCCCAGUCCCUGGUGACCAGCGAGUUGGGGAAGUUCCAGGACCGCCUGAGCCGGUGCACCAUGCAUUGCAACGACAAAGCCAAAGAUUCAAUAGAUGCAGGGAGUAAAGAGCCUCAGGUGAGACGACAGCUGGAGAGUUGUGUGACCAAGUGUGUGGAUGACCACAUGAACCUCAUCCCAACCAUGACCAGGAAGAUGAAGGAGUCUCUCUCAUCCGUGGGGAAGUAGAAGUCUGCUGUUGGCCAUCGGGGCUAAGGGCAGGAAUCUAUUUUAAAAGAGGAAUGAGGAUUUGGGUCUUUUAAGCAAAGUUUAUGAAUGAAGAAAUUAAGGAUGGCAGCACGUUUAAGGCCUACGUCACUUCCUUCUGGACACUCUUUCCUUUGUGUUUCAAAUCCUAAAAAGUGAGAUGGAAAAAACUGGUGCUAAAAUUUGGGUCAGAGAUAGCAUAGCACAGGUGUUUUUGAGAGCCCAAGUGUCACGUGGCAAGUGCUUAUCCUGGCAGUAGGGAUCGCCCUUGUACCCAGCCGGAGCCCUCCGAGGUACCAGACUGUCAUAGUACACAGGUGCCAACAGGUGGGCAGGUUCCUCUAGCCUGCCUGUCAUCUGGUGGUGUGAGGAGAGGUGUUUCUGUUUGUUGUCAGCUUCCUGUCUACCGGAAGGAUCACCACACCAUUUUCCAUAAACUGUAAAACAAAAUCCAUGAGGUCACCAAUUUAAAAGGGAAAAGGAGACGUCUAGGGUUUUGUUUGGUUUGGUUUGGUUUUAUAGACACAGGCAUGAAGUUAAGUUAAGAUGUGG